AAGUUUAAGAUACAACUGACUUAACAUCGCUGACUGUGGACACUCGCUUGUUGAAAGACUUGUGGGAAGUCGACCGUCUUAUUUCGGGCAUUUGUGUAUUGAGAUUUGAGAAGAAGGAAUAAAUUGAGAAAAUGCCGGUGGACUUUACCGAUAAACAAGGAGGGAAGACAUACGGACAACUAAGGAAGAAACAAGAGGAUGCUCUGGACGAGAUCAAUAAGGAUUGUGUGGAUGGUGGCGACUAUAGCGAUGUUGAAGAUUUAGAGGAGAAAUUAGUGGCAUACAAAGCUAAGUUUAUGGAAUAUGAUCUGGACAACUCAGGAGAUAUAGACAUAAUGGAGUUGAAACAAAUGAUGGAAAAGCUAGGCCAAGCCAAGACCCACCUGGAAUUAAAGAAAAUGAUAGCAGAAAUCGACACCACUGACUCCGGCACAAUAAAUUACACAGAAUUUCUCAGUAUGAUGCUUGGAAAGAAAAACUCCAUCCUCAAAAUCAUUUUGAUGUUUGAAGAAAAAGGUAAAGAAAAAGAAAAACCAACAGGACUUCCCCCGAAAAAGUCCCUCGCAGAUUUACCAUGAACAAUCAGGAAUUUAUACGAGCAGGUGCUGAUAAAAGUGAAUGGAUAAUUAUGAACAUAUCACGAGAGAGAGAGAGAGAGAGAGAGAGAGAGAGAGAGAGAGAGAGAGAAAUUUUGUACUGAAUGAUGGACAUUACUUUGCAUUUUUUUUACAAUAUAGUAAAUGUUAUAUAAAAAUUCAAA